AUGGCAACCCGAACCUCCACGCGCCAAGCCGCUCAGAAGGCGAAAGAAGCCAUUGCGGCGGCUCCUGACGUGAAAAGCCGAAGCGCUGCUGGCACUAAGCGCAAGGGAAGUGCCGACAAAGGCGUAGACUCUAAGCGUGGCAAAAAAGAAGCCGAUAAGAAGCUGGACGAUGCCCAACGGCCCGCAAUUGGAACUGAUGCGCAAGCACCUAAAGAAAGCAAGGCAGAGGAUAAGGCAGAGGACAAGGUAGAAGACAAGGCAGAGGGCAAGCGGGACGAGCAGUCAGAGGCAAAGCCAGAUACCAAAUCCGAAAAUGGAGCGGCAGAGAAAGCGGAAGAAGAUCAGACUGAAGGCAAGCCUGAAGAGAAAAUGGAGCUGGAUGACGAGAAGAAGCCGGAAGAUGUUCAGACAGAAAACAAGGAUGCCGACACGGCUUCAGCCAAGGGCACUGAAGCUGGUGUGGAAACGUCACAAGCGAGAGAGGAGAAGGUUCCGUCAAACAUCCUGGAAAAAGGCAUCAUCUACUUCUUUUACCGAUCCCGAGUCAACGUGACUGACCCGCAGAGCGUCGAUGAUGUUGCGCGUACUUUCAUAGUGUUGCGACCGACCCCCUUGGGAGCUACGUUGGAUGCGAAUCAGGGCUCAGUUGACACUGGCGCCAAGUGUCGCCUGAUGGCUCUUCCCAAGAAAAGGUUCCCAACAUCUGGGCGGGAGCGGGUAAUGGGAUUCGUCGAAAAAUCUGGGCAAUCCAUGAAAGCACUGCAGGAAAGCUUCAUCGCUGGAGAUCAUUACGAUACUGCCACUCAGGGCGAACGCACCGUUCCUGAGGCCCGACCGUACGCGGAAGGUGUUUACGCAAUCACGUCUACGAAGCGAACUUCCCACUUAGCUUAUGUUCUUACCAUUCCUGAUCAUAUCGGAACUCUUCAGGAAGACUUUGGUCUCCGGGCCCGCGGCAGCUGGGUUGUGCAGUCGAAGAACCCCAAACACCCUGGGCCUUCGUACGCUCAACUUCCCAAAGGUCCUGAAUAUCCCGACAGUGUGCUUGCCAAGUUUGGCGAUUACCGCUGGAAGCCUGUGGAACCCGAGUUCAUCGAUUAUCCCAAUGCGCAGUUCCUCGUGGUUGGGGAGGCUGUGGACGAGCUUGGAAAGGCUGCAACUGCGGAGGAAGAUGGCAAGAAGGCUGAUGAAGCGACGACACGAUCUAUGAGGAUCUGGGACUCGAUGCGAAAAACUAUCCUGCCGUUCCGACAACCUGGGAGAGUCAGUAGAGGAUCUGCAGCCGGCGGUGAUAUUGUGAAUCAGACCAGCUGCGGCAGCCAUACUUACGCCUACACCGGUCUGGCUGGAUAUGGCUUCAUUCCUUCCAACGCCACCGACAAAUACGGCGACACAUUAGGGGGCUUUGGCAGCUCGGCCGCCUUUGACUUAGAUUCCUGGCGGCGCAUUGGGCCUGAGACCUACACGGGGAUCCUAUACUGUAUUCCCGACCGCGGUUGGAAUACGAAUGGCACGCUCAACUACCAAGCCCGUGUUCACACACUCAACGUCACCCUUCACUUGGCCCCCGACAAUAUCUCCGCUCAGCAUCCAUCCCCGCCAAAUCUACAGCUGACAUACCUUGACACCCUUCUGCUAACGGAUCCCACCGGUAACCCUCUCACCGGCCUCGACGCCUCGGCCGAUUUCAACGACACCCUCAAAUUCCCAGGCUUUCCGCCUCUGCCCGCAGCGAUCUACAGAGGCAAUGGCUUCGACAGCAACAGCACCAGCGGCGGAGGGCACCGCGUCUCCCUAGAUGCCGAAGGCCUAGCCCUCACGGCAGACAGCUUCUGGAUUUCGGACGAAUACGGGCCCUACGUCUACCGAUUCGACCGCCGCACCGGCCGAAUGAAGACCGCCAUCGCACCACCACCCGCCUAUAUCCCGCACCGCAACCAAACCAUCAGCUUCAGCGCCGACAGCGCCCCGAUCUACGAUCCCAAGCUGACCGCGAUCCCGAAAGACCCGGUCACCGGCCGCGCCAACAACCAAGGCUUCGAGGCAUUGACGCUCUCCCCAGACGGGAAGACACUCUACACGAUGAUCCAGUCCGCGCUGGACCAAGAGGGCGGCGGGAGCAAGAAAACCCGCCGUCCCGCGCGGCUCCUGCAGUACGACCUGUCCUCCCCGUCCGGAACGCCGGUCUACGAGCACGAGUAUGUCGUCAUGUUACCCACGUACUACAAUCCCAGCAAGGGCCACGACGUCGUGGCCGCGCAGUCCGAGAUCCACCUUCUCCCGCAGUCGGGGAAGACGCAAGACAAGACAUUCUUGGUUCUGGCGCGUGACUCUGGGUUCGGGCACGGCCAGGACAAGUCGUUGUCUGUGUAUCGGCAUGCGGAUAUCGUGCGCAUCACGAGUAAUACCACUGACCUUAAGCGCUGGCGCGGCGCGGAUGCGGUUAAUGGGUCCAUUGCCUCGGCUAAGGGCGUGUUGGAUGCCGGGAUCACGCCUGCCGAAUACUGUUCCUUCUUGGAUUUCAAUGUCAAUGAGCAGCUGGCUAAGUUCGGGUUGCAUAACGGUGGGGAUCAGGAUGAUCGGCUGCUGAAUGAGAAGUGGGAGAGUCUGGCGCUCGUGCCUGUAGAGCCCGGACAGCAGGCGGCCGCGGCUACGGUCCGGGAGAAGGAGUACUUUCUGUUUAGCUUGAGUGAUAAUGAUUUUAUCACGCAGGAUGGCCGCAUGAAUUUCGGGCGCUUCAGGUACGCGGACGACUCGGGCUAUAACCUUGAUAAUCAGGCGUUGGUCUUCAGGGUGAAGAUUCCGGUGUAG